AUGUUUGGUCGCCUCUUCUUCCUCCUGGUGGGCGUGUACUCAGGCGUCUUAGCCAAUCAGAAGUACAGAAUACCGGAAGUCCCGACACCAACCGAGGCCUGGGAGAGGGCCAAAGCCAGAUUUGAGGAGCGUAGAAGAUCACGGGCUGAUGACGACAGAAAACAUCAUCAUCAUCCCUGGUUUAGAAAGGAAUUUAACUCUGACUUCCACAACGACCCGGAAGUAAAGGACAUUUUUGAGAAAAUGAAAGCUUUACAAAAUAAAUACUGGACACAGGGCAGGUUACCUGAAGAGAAGUGA